AUGGCGGACAGAUACAUCCUGCGCAUCACGGCCGGCCCCGACUACGAUCUGGCGUCCCACGUCGAGAUCCCCGUCAACACUGCGGAGCCGGUUCACAUCAGCAGCGACAGGGCCGACAUCCAGCUCAACGUCCGCGUCAACGACUACCGGGGCCUGCCAUACGGCUCGCCCGGCACCUCGCCGUACUUCGAGGCGGAGCCGCACAAGUACAACCAGGACCAGUACAGCAUCUGCUUUCGCUUUACGCCGAAGCGGCCGGCGGCUGUGGCUAAAGCGGAUGAGAAGGAGGAUGGCGUGAAGGGGGGUGUUAAAGGUGAAGCCGAGGAUAAUGCCAAGAAGGACGUUAAAGAUGAAGCCAAGGAGGAUGCUGAUGAGGAUGCUGAUGAGGACGAGGACGAGGAUGAGGAGAACGAAGAGGUCCAGGGCAUCUCAGGACUAGAUCUACAGUUCGGCAAUGACUUCGACCGGCCCAUCCGCGACCGCCUCCCCCCAGGAUUCAACACAGCCAUGGGCAUCGUCCGGUGGUGGGUCGACCCAGGCCUGGACGGCGACGCCUACGCCGACAGACCCUACCUCUACGGCCCGGCCCUCAGCUCCUUCAACGCCCUACACGUCGGCGAGGGCGAGUUCGACCCGGCCAGGGGCGGCAUCUGGGUCGAGGAGGGCGGCGACGAGGACGCGCGGGCGGGAGCGGGAGCCCCCGCCGACCGCAAGGCUCGCAUGAAGUGGGCGCUGAGCGAGGCGGCCAAGGAGAGCUGGGUGUGGGAGUACGGGCGGACGUACGCCCUCGACUUCUUCAACCCGUACCUGGACUUUGCGAACCUGGCGCUGCGGCUGCCGGGCUUCCACCUGCCCAUCAUGAAGUACUGGGACGGCCAGGGUUUGCGGUCAACGCCAAAGCGCUCACAUACCCUCAGAUAUGUCCUUCGGAACCGGGCGACUGGCGAGGUGUACAUGACCGUCUGCUUCACGCUGUACCUCAAAGAGGACGUCAACGAGGAUGGGACUCUCAAGGAGGGUGUUGACGGCUCCGAGACGUCGGUUGUCGCCAAGGCUGAGAGCAGCGGGGACGAGGAGUUUGACGAGGAGGCGGCGCUGAAGGAGGCGGCGGAGAAGCUGCAGAUCAAGGAUGAACCCGCCAAGACGAGUUCGGACGAUCUUGACUAG